AGGUGUAUCAGUGAGCACUGAGGCUAGAAAUAUUGAUAUUAUUUAAUGAAUUUUUUGUAAUAAUUUCGUAAAUGUAUGUACUUUGAAUAUAUAAAGACAAUAAUUUAUACAAGCUAUUAGUUUUCACAAAGAAAUUCACAAAAAUAAUCUUUUUUUCGGCCGUCACAGUGGUGUUCUCCCUUAAUCUGAGGGUCAACAAAACUACUCCAUUUAAAAUGAAAACGCAGCGAAUUUUAUUACUGAGUACUGUUAUUACCAACUGUUUUCUUCUCGUUAACUUAGUUUAAAUUUCUGUCGAAAACAAGACGUAAAAGAUGUCAGAGUUAAAAGGAAAAGUAAUUCUAACAUAUAACAAUGAUUUAGAUAUCUCUAGCAUAUUGUUGUGAUUGAAAGAAAAGGAAUAUCAAGUUAUCGCUUAUGUGGGAAGAAUUUUUGCAAACAUCUGGCAAAAGGAAAUUGGUGCCGCCAAGGUAGUGAUAGACGAUAUUAGAGAAGUGUUCAUAACUUCUUAUGUAUGAUUUGCUGUGGCUUGUAUUUAAUUAUUGUAUAAGGGAAGAUAUCUUCUGGCAAUCUUACUAGCAUGACCAUGUAUCAGCCAAAGUUUAAUAAAAGCCAUAAAGGCUAAGGAUUCAUCGCGCAUGGAGCAACUGGAAAAAUGGAAUGAUCAAAUUCGCUUUGAAUUGAACUGCUAUAAUUUAUACUUUAAAAUUACGAAAAUUGUCAAGAUUUUAGCUCCAUGGAGAAAAAUCGAAUUUUACAUUUCAAGGAAGUUCCAAGGAAAAUCGGACUUGCUGGAGUAUGCAUGACAAAAUGGUAUCUUGAUCUUUGCAACGGCAAAGGAACUGUGGAACACUGAUAAACUUGUACACAUUAGACGCAUAACACGAGCAUGUUUUCGCUAUACGGAUUUAUAUAGUUACGAAUCAAGAAUAUUAGAGGAUCCUGCCAUUCCAGCGCCGAAAGGACACAACAAAAUGAUCAUUGAUCCGAUCUAUUCCACCUUGGUAGAAGAAAUUGAAAUUAGCUUUAAGAAGGGAUACCCGAUUAACGUAAAGAGUCUAAAAGAUAGGAAAAUAUUCCUCUCAAUAAUUGAAUAUCUCAAUGAGAUCGGCGAUAUGCAUGGACGGAUAGACAUUGUGGAAAAUCGAUUUGUCCAAUUUCAGUCUCGAGGUAUUUACGAGUCGUCAGAUGUUAACAUUUUAGAAGUCGUGCAUUGAGACUUGAAAGUAUUUACUUUCGAUCGGGAGAUUCUGAGAGUCAAAAUAAACGAAUAUCAUUUUUUUUUUCUUACCGCUAUGGCGAUCGCCAGAUCGAGUGAGGUUUCGUUGUACAAUCAAAUUCUCAUCUCGAUGAAUGUACAGGGAGAUUAUCUGAAUGCCACUGAAUUUAUCCGCACGCAAGCUCUGAAACUAAAGGAGUUUUAUCGUUUCAAUAAACAACACAAUGUCUGAAUCAAGGCUUUAUUGCGAAUUUCAUCAAUAAAAGACGCACUGCAGUUAACUCCACGCUACUUUAUUUGCCUUAACAUCUACGCGUAUUCUUCAGACAUAAUUCGACAAUUAACUGAAUGGUUUCUGAAAGGUUUGCAAGGUAUCGCAGCAAGAAGAGUAAUCGUGUGACAAAAUGUAAUUAACUAAUGUAAGACAAAAACCAUUUGUAGAAGUCCAAUCGCUUUGCGGAUCGCGCGCAUGCAACAAUCAUAGGAGGAAGGUGAGGUUUCACAAUAAAACACUAUCACUACAUCGUUUUUGUUUCAUUUUAGUUAUUAAUUAAUUAAAUCUUAAGAUUACCUUAGCAUAUUCGUGAAGAUUACAAUAUAUCAUAUCAUAUCUUUAGGGAUAUAUUAAUAGUAUACACAGUGCGUGACCUUUUUUUCUUCUGCAUCUGCACUAUUUUCGGCAAUUCAAAGAAACUACUGUCAAGUACGAAAUCAUGACAGCGCUUUUUUCUGAUAUACCUAUAUCGGCUAUGAGCGAUUUUCUGUAGAUUCCUUAUACUCGCGUUUCGUUCCGCAUCACUCUGUUUUACAUAUAUGUAUUAUGUAACAUGCAAAAUUACACACUAGGGAAUAAGGUUUCCUCAUGCAUAUACAAUUAAUAAUCUAUAAUAACUCUUGUAUUCACAUUUGCACGUUAACAUUAGUUCAAAUAUCGAAACCUGUUAUUUUUAUAUCUGAUAAGUAAUAACGUACAGAUAAUGUGUGUGUGUGUGUGUGUGUGUGUGUGUGUGUGUGUGUGUGUGGGGCGCGUGUACAGUGUAGAUUGAUGUUGUUAAAUAAGUAGAGAAAUUUAUAAUAGAUACAUAUAUGUAUAAA